AUGAGUUUAUUAAAAUUUAUACCAUCAACAUCAACACUUUCCGAUAAUCUUAUAAUCUAUUCAACUGGAUCAAUACCAAUUAUUACAAAAGAACUUAAUUUAAAACAAACUUUAUUAGGUGGACAAUCAUUUCGAUGGAUUGAACAAAAUUCAAAUGAAUUUAUUGGUGUUCUUGGUACAUAUAUUGUUCGUUUACAACAUCAAAAUAAUAAUCUUCGUUACACAUUUUUUAUAAAUAAUGAUAAUCUAAUAAAAUUAUCGAAUGAUAAUGAUCGUCGUGUUGAAACAGCACUUAUUUUACAUAAUUAUUUUCAAUUAAAAAUAAAACUUUGUGAAUUAUUUGACAAAUGGUGUAAAUCUGAUAUGAGAUUUGAAAAAGGACAAAUACCAAUUGGUAUUCGUGUUUUAGCACAAGAACCACUCGAAAAUUUAAUAUCAUUUAUAUGUUCAAGUAAUAAUAAUGUUCAACGUAUAUCAAAAAUGAUUAAAGUAUUUUGUGAUGAAUAUGGAAAAAAAAUUGGAACAUUAAAUGGAAUUACUUAUCAUCAAUUUCCAACUCUGGAUGAACUCGAUAUACCAGAUCUUGAAAAACGUUUACGUGAAUUAAAUUUUGGUUAUCGUGCACGAUAUAUUCAAGAAGCAGUUAAAUUUCUCAAAUAUACUGCUGGUGGUACGUUAUUUUUUGAUCGAUUAAAAACAUUAUCAGUUAAAGAAGCUCGUAAUCAAUUAUCAAAAAUGAUGGGUGUUGGUCGAAAAGUUGCUGAUUGUGUUCUAUUAAUGUCACUUGGUAAGCAAGAUGUUGUACCAGUUGAUACACAUAUUCAUUCAAUUGCUAUGACCCAUUAUGGACACUAUAAUGAAAAUGUAAAAAAACAACAAUUAACUACAGCUAAUUAUAAUGAUAUAUCAUCGUUUUUUGAACAAUUUUGGCAACCAUUAUCUGGUUGGGCUCAAGCUGCUGCAUUUUCUAAUGAACUUCGUUUAUCAUCUACUCCAAGAAAUAGUGUUAAAUCAUCUGUAUUAUCAUUAAAACGCUCGAUUAGUAGUCAAGAUAUUCUUACAGAAAAAUUAUUUAAAACAAUCGAUGAAAAUAAUCAAUGUCAAUCAAUAAAAAUAACUAUGAAACGUGAUAAAUUACGUCAAAAAAAUUUAUUAACAAUUGAACCAAAUAAAGAAAUAUUAACACGACCUAAACGAAAUAUUAAACCGAUAGAUCGAUUUUAG